AUGUUUGACUCUGGUUACAAGUCACAAUAUAUUGGAGGCCAGAAGGAGAAGUUCGUGAGGUUGGAUGACCUGGACUCGACUUUGUCACCAUCAAGCUCAAGUGGGAUGAAAAAAUUAAGAUUCAACUUAGAUUCUUUGCCAUUUCCUGGUCGUGGAAAAAAAAAAGCAUCGAAAUCGUUUAAGCAAGGAGUGAAGAAGAGUUCAGAUGGACUAAAAACAUUUGGAAGAUCACUCAAGACUGGAGUGACUACUUGGGCAGUGUUUCCUGAAGAUCUUAAAGUUUCAGAGAAAAAAGUAUUUGACCCUCAAGACAAGAACCUUGUGUAUUGGAACAAGUUUUUUGAGAUUCUAUGCAUUUUUUCUGUGGCUUGUGAUCCCUUCUUCUUUUAUCUUCCUUAUUUCAACCACAAGUCAUUUUGCCUCGCCAUAGAUAGCAAGCUAGCAAGUUUUGCUGUCACAUUGAGAACAAUAUGCGACGCCAUUUAUCUCAUCCGAAUAAGUUUUCAGUUCCGCACUGCUUACAUUGCGCCAUCCUCUCGGGUAUUUGGACGAGGUGAACUUGUCAUAGAUCCUACAAAAAUUGCCAAGAGAUAUUUACGACGUUACUUCAUCGUUGACUUCAUUUCUGUGCUGCCUCUACCACAGAUUAUAGUGUGGAAAUAUCUUUACAGACCAGGACGUGUAGAGGUAUUGGAAACAAAAACGGCACUGCUGAGAAUUGUGAUCCUGCAAUAUUUUCCAAGAUUUAUACGCUUUUUACCUUUAGCUUCAGAAGUGAAAAAGACAGCUGGUGUUUUUUCUGAGAACGCAUUGCUUGGGGCCAUGUACUAUUUGAUCUGGUAUAUGCUUGCUAGUCAUAUAACUGGUUCUUGCUGGUACUUACUCGCCAUUGAACGUAAUGACACCUGCUGGCAUAAUGCUUGUAAAGCAGUUGAAGGGUGCAAUCCACAUUUCUUGUACUGUGCGAAUUCGAACAAGCGUAUGGCAGGGUAUGAUAGUUGGAGAAAUGUCAGCGAAACUGUUCUGAAAACUCAUUGCUAUGUGGAGGAUGAUAGCUCAGAAUUUAGCUAUGGGAUCUUCUCUCAAGCCAUAGAGUCCAAUAUUGUUGCUUCCAUAGAAGUUUUUCCAAAAUUCUGUUAUUGUUUAUGGUGGGGCCUUCAAAACUUGAGUACUCUUGGUCAGGGCCUUCUAACCAGUACAUACCCUGGAGAGGUUAUGUUUUCCAUAGUAAUAGCUAUUAUGGGCCUUAUCCUUUUUGCUCUUCUGAUUGGAAACAUGCAGACCUACCUUCAAUCAAUGUCAGUUCGUCUUGAGGAAAUGAGGAUCAAAAGACGCGACUCUGAGCAAUGGAUGCAUCAUCGUUUGCUUCCUCCAGAGCUAAGGGAAAGAGUGAGACGCUAUGACCAAUACAAGUGGCUGAACACCCGUGGCGUAGAUGAAGAAAGCUUAGUUCAGAGUCUUCCAAAAGAUCUCAGGAGAGAUAUCAAACGGCAUCUUUGUUUGAAUUUAGUCAGAAGGGUUCCUCUCUUUGCCAACAUGGAUGAACGUUUGCUUGAUGCUAUAUGUGAGCGAUUGAAGCCCAGUUUAUAUACAGAGGGAACUUACAUAGUGAGGGAAGGGGACCCAGUUAAUGAGAUGCACUUCAUCAUACGUGGGCGUCUAGAGAGUGUCACCACUGAUGGUGGAAGAAGUGGAUUUUUCAACAGAGGUCUUCUGAAGGAAGCUGACUUCUGUGGAGAAGAGCUACUAACAUGGGCAUUGGAUCCCAAAUCUGCUGCUAACUUGCCAUCAUCAACAAGGACGGUGAAGGCUAUAAAUGAGGUGGAGGCAUUUGCUUUGGAAGCAGAGGAGUUGAAGUUUGUUGCAUCCCAGUUUAGGCACAUCCACAGCAGACAGGUUCAGCACACUUUCCGUUUCUAUUCACAGCAAUGGAGAACAUGGGCUGCUAUCUACAUUCAAGCUGCAUGGAGGAGGCAUUGCAGGAGGAAGAUUGCAGAACAGCGCAGGAGGGAGGAAGAAGAAUUAUAUGACUCAGAUUAUGAUAACUCUGAUGAUCCUGCAAGAGCCUUGGUCAAGCAUCCUGAACCUGCUUUUACUUCUUCUAGCCUUGGACUUGGUACAACCGUUUAUGCUUCUCGCUUCGCUGCAAAUGCACUUCGUGGUCAUAGGCUUCGUGCUUCAAGUUCCAGGGACAUAAUCAAACUCCAAAAGCCCCCAGAACCUGACUUCAGUGCUCGUGAUGAAAACUGA